CUUCUCUCCGUUUUUAUUUCUCCUCAACGCGCCCUCUCUCUGCUGCCUUCGUUCUCAGCCUUGCGUCGCUCCUUUUCCGCGUCCUUCCGCGCGUCGCCUCUCUCCUCUUUCUUGUUCUCGCCUCGAGGCGCUCGGCGAAUUUCUUUCCUUCGUUUCCGGACUUUCUCCAUGGACAAUGGAGACAGAAGAGGCCGAACAAACGACGCCUCUUCAAAAGCUCCACUCCACCGGUGACGAGCAGGACUCGAGACACCCUCGGCUUGGCGACGAAGUCCUCGGUCCACAAGCGUCCUCGGUAGCAGGCGCUUCUUCUUCCUCUUCUUCUUCGUCCUCCUCGAUUCCGCUUUCUUCUUCUCGCUUUGAUUCUCUUGACGAACAGCUAGGUCUCCUUCCUGGAACUGAGGAGGAACCUGAAGCAGCCUUGGACGCCCACUCCCGGCCAGAGGCGAGCGAAGACUCUCUCUCUUUUUCUGCGUGUAACUUUUCUCUUCCUUUUCUACCUCCUCCUCUCUCCUCUGCCUGUUCCGGGCCAUCUACUUCCUCUUCGUCCUCUUCCCCUUCUUCUCUCUCAUAUACGUCCUCUUCCUCUUCGUCCUCUUCCCCUUCUUCUCUCUCAUCUGCGUCCUCUUCCUCUUCGUCCUCUUCCCCUUUUUCUCUCUCAUCUGCGUCCUCUUCCUCUGCGUCCUCUUCCUCUUCUUCUCUCUCCUCUGCGUCGUCUUCCUCUGCGUCCUCUUCUUCUUCGUCGUCGUCGCCUUCGAAGCAAGAGGAGAGGAGACAGAGACAGAGAGACCGCGUUCGAGUGAGGAUUUUCCGACAGCUCGAGGUGCUCAGCUGGACGGCAUGGCUGCGCGUCGUCCACCGGGAGACGCUGGCGCGGUCCUCGCUUCUCUCAGGGGCGAUUCUCGAAAGGUUUCUCUCCUUCUGUUCGGCUCAGCGCGGCGAGAGGGAACUCCGACAAAAGUCGCGAGCGGACUUCGACGCUGUUCCGAAGCAGAGCAAACGGAAGCGCACUGGCGUGGAGACAGGAGGAGCGGCCGAUGAGACAUGCACGGAGGCAACGCAAGACUCCAAAAACACCGAGAGGAAGGAAACUGGAAGAGAAAGAGAAGAAGAAAGAGAAGAAGAGAGAGAAGAAGGGAGACGCGAUGGAGAGGAAAGCUUCGAUUUCUGUUUCCCUGCGGAAGGAGCUGCGGCGUUUGCCUUCCUGAAGGAGACCUUCCAGUCCACGGACCGACCUAAUGGCCAUCCGUUCCUGCUGCCCCUGCGGCGCGUCGGGCCGCGCCUCGGCGCCUCGGCGCGCCUCGCCUGCGCCGUCGUCCUCCCACCCCACACUUCGACGGCCGCCGGAAAGGAGACACCUGUCUCUCGCUCGCCGCCGGGUGUCUUCGCGCCUGCAGCGGUUGGCGCCUCGACAGCCAUGCAGAGCGCGCGCGCAAAGAUCCGGAGGGAGCGAGAACAAGUUUCAACGAACCCCACAGAGCGAGAAAAAGAAACAUCCAGAGAAAGAACAGGCGAGAGAACAAGCGAGAGACCAAGCGAGAGAUCAAGCGAGAGAACAAGCGAGAGACCAAGCGAGAGAUCAAGCGAGAGAACAAGCGAGAGAUCAAGCGAGAGAACAAGCGAGAGACCAAGCGAGAGAACAAGCGAGAGAACAAGCGAGAGACCAAGGAGACUAAGGGCGUCGCCGUACGGAGGAGGCGCUCUGCGGUUUCGGAUGUUGCGAGCGAUUGAGAGACGGCAGGGAACAGGCGCCAUGCUGGCCGUGAUUUUUGUUGCCCUUUGUCGAGUCCUGAGAAUUCCUGCCCGCCUCGUCCUUGCUCUCCCGCCAUCCGACAUCCACCCGCCCGCUCUGCCAGGAGGGUCCUGUUGCGUGACGCCGACGCCUCCGUGGAUGGUGAAGCUCUUUCUUCGUCUUCAGCUUCCUCUUCCUGCCUUCCUCAACAUCAAACCGGAGGACUACUCUUCUUCUCUCCCUUUUUCUUCUCCUUCCGCUUCUGCUCUUUCGUCUUCGCUGUGCACCUGGAACCGCCCCGUGCGCGUCUGGGGCGAGUACUUUUGCCGACGCGAGAAAAGGUGGAUUGCAUGCACCUUCUUCCCUUCCUUAGUUCUCCACGAUGCCGCCGACACCCUUGCAGGAAGAGCGACUAGGCGGCCUAGCCAGCCGUCCUUCUCUUCCUUCCUCUCUGGGUACCUCUCUCGUUCUUCUCCAUGUUCGUCUUCUCUCUCUUCUUCCUCGUCCUCUUCUCUCUCUUCUUCCUGUUCUAGAGGUAGCGUUCAGGUGCGAGGCGAGACGCGAGGCUCCAGGGCAGAAGAGCGAAGGCGCGGAGAGGGCGAGAGAGGAGACGACGGCAGAGAGGCGAGAAGCGAAGGAAAAGAAGAGGGAGGAGGCUUCAUGUUUUUGCCCACAUUCUCGCCGGGGCACAACAGACGGCUGCGCGCCGCUGAGAAGGAAGCGCAAGCAGCGACGGAGGCAAAAGGGAAGGAAAGGCGAGAAAAAAAAUCGGAGAAAGAAGAAGAACCCGGUCUCCUAGGCGCGUUACUGCUCUUGCGAAGAGGCAGGAAACGACGAAGCAGAGACUCUUCUUCUUCCUGUUCUUCGUCGAGUUCGUCCUCUGAGUCUUCUGAGGAAGAAGACGCGGACGCCGGAAAACAGGCAAAAAGCAGAGCAUGCAGAGAGGCAAAAGCAGAAAACAACGAAGUGGAACCAACAGAGGCGGAGAGUGCCGGAAGAAACGCGCCAAGACAGAAAACGGAUCCUGCCUCUUCCUUCGCAAGUUCUUCUUUGUCUUCUGCUCGCUCAUGUCGGUCUUCGUCUUCACCUUCUGCUUCAUCAGCUUCUUCGUCUUCUUCGUCUUCAUCAGCUUCUUCUUCGUGUUUGACUUCUUCUUUUCCUUCUUCAUCUCUUUCUUCCUCCGUUCUGUGUCCUCAGACGGUCCUCCCGAGACAUCUCAAAGUGACUCAGAGAGGAAACUUUUUCCCCCUUCUCAUCGGCAGAUCAUCUCUGCUCUUUUUCUUCUUUUCCCCUCACGUUUUUUCUCUGUUGAUUAGACCCUCCAGUGACUCUUCUUCCCUCUCUUCUUCUUCUUCUUCUUCUCUUUCGUCUUCUUCUCUUUCGUCUUCUUCUUCUCUUUCGUCUUCUUCUCUUUCGUCUUCUUCUUCUUCUUCUUCUUCUCUUUCGUCUUCUUCUGUUUUGUCUUCUUUCUCUUCUUCUUCUGUGGAGAGAGCGAGCAUCUGGCACUCUCUGUCGGCGGCGCUGGCGGAGGCGCGGAGGCGCCAGAGCGAGUGUUCUCCAGACUUUAUCGUGUCUUCUCCUUUCUUCUCGACUUUCUUGUCUCCCGGAGAAAGGACGCAAGGGAAUCCGAAACACGUUGUAGCUGCGUUGUUUGCCUCUGUUCUCCUCCGCACAGUCGGCAAGACGCGCUUCUCCCUCCCUCCGGCGUUCUCCGACUUCUUCGAACAAGAACUGAAACUCCAACUCCACCUGUGUCUACCUCCUUCCUCUCCUUCCUCUCCUUCCUCUCCUCCAUCGUCUGCGUUGUGUGGAGGACCGCUCCGCUCUUUUUUUUCGGGGGAAAAGGCGCAGAGCGAAGGCGUUAAGGAGGAGCCAGAGGGAGGAGCGACACUGUCUGCUGCUUCUGCUUUUCCUUUUGAGGUCGAGGAGGAGCGGCACCAGCUCGCUUUCGAGUUCAGUCAGGCCUGGCAGAAAGCUGCUUCCUCGCGCUCUUCUCGCGCGCGAACGAGAAGAGACGAACGAGGAAGCAGCGCAAGUGCCAUCUCCCGUUCUGGGGAUCGAAACUCCUUCCCACCCCCCAGCAAUCGAAAACGCAUGCGGUCUAGUCAGUCGUCUUCUCUCUCUUCUUCUCUCUCUUCUUCUCUCUCUUCUUCUUCUGAGCUUGUCGGCCUCGAUUUCCUACGGGCGUCUGGCCGAUCGAAGGUCCAGCGACGCCCAGCGAAGCUGAGGUCAAGGUCCGUUUCUCCCAGGCCUCAUUCUUCUCCUGAUUCUCCUUCUUCGCUUCUUUCCUCUUCUCCUCUCCCUUCUUGCCUUUCGUCUUCUCCGUCUUCCUCUCUUUCUCCUUCCCCUUCUUCCUCGGAUGCCCUGGCAGUCUCUGGCGCGAGGGAAGCCGGAUCGAGACGCGGUGCGAAAACCGCCGCGCUGGUGCCUUCCUCGACUGGCGUCCUGCCAGGGGUGUCUGUACACCUCGACGGCCGGAAGCACGAGAAUUCGAGAAGCGACGCGCAAGCAGAAGCGACGCGAAAUGCCGGAACGAGGGAACAGAGGGAGGACGAUGACGCGGAAGGAGAGCAGGCGAAUUGCUUCGCGUCUCUCCCAGAUGACGCUGGCUCGCCGCUGAACGCGGGAGAAGGAAAUGUACGCUUCGUCCUCGCUAUCGACGAAACAGAAAAAAUUUCAGACGUCACCUUUCGAUACGCUUCCAGCUGGCAGGAAGUUAUGCAGCGACGUCGCCACCAGCUCCACGCAUGGUGGGAAUGUCCAGGGACUCGCGCGCUUUUCGAAAGUCCUGCAAAGAGGAGACGAAGGAUGGAGGAGCGCGAAAGAGCGCGCGCGAAGACGGCAGAAAAAAGCGGAGAGAAAGGAGAAGAGAGUGGAGAGAAAACGAAAGCACAGACAGCAAUAGAGGACGCAGAAAAGGAAUCGGAAGGAGGAAGACGGAACGAUGAUACGUCGAAGAAAAACUUUUCUUGGAAAGACGAAGAGAAAGGAGAAAGUAGCGAGGGAGACGAGAGCGAAAGCGUGAUUGGCGGUGAGUUGGAGGGGGGAGAACGGGAGGGAGAGAGCGACGAAGAAUUUAUCAUUUUUGACCAAGAAGACAGGGCGUCUGUCGAGCAAGCGCUGGAAGAAGAAGUGGACGGCGACGCCCCAGUCAAGGAGAAAGAAGAGACAGAAGAUGCAGAAGAACAGGAGUACCGUCGUCUGUUGGAGCGCGAGCCUCUCCCGACAAGCAAAUCUGGAUUCUGGAAGCACCCGAAGUUCGUUCUUGCGUCCACGCUGCGGCCAUUCGAGUACUUGCCGCCGGGCACCAGGCCUGCGGCUUUCUUUCAAGGCGAGCUCGUCUUUCUCCGCAGAAGCGUCGCGCUGCUCAAAACAGAAGCGCAGUGGUCUCGCGCAGGCCGGCGGCUCUGCCCAGACGCCGUUCCUCUCCGUCAGGUCGCCAAGCGCGCGCUGCCCGCGAGGGGACUCUUCGCUGGAGGGCGCGCCGGAGGCCGCAGCUGGCGCCGCACGCAGUUCCGGAACCCAGUUCUGCAGGACGAGAGGCGAGGAGAGGAGAGACGAGAAAAAGAGAGAACUGACGGAAGAGAAGAAGUGACGGAGCGAGAGAAAAUUGGACUUUACGGAGAAUGGCAGACGGAGGAGAAACCGCCUCCUGAAGUUGAAAACGGACUGCUGCCUGACAACGGCCAUGGCAACAUAGAAGUCGGGAAACUGGGCCAGGUCCCCAUCGGCGCCGUCCACAUCUCCCUCACAGACUUUCACUGUUCUGCUUCUUCUUCUUCUCUCGCUUCUUCUUCUUCUGGGAAGCAGGCGACGCCUUUGAGUGUGGCGAGUCUGGGAGGAGCAUUGGUUGCGGCGGCUGUGAAGUGCGGAGUGGAGUUCAAGCCCGCAGUUGUCGCGUUCGAGAGAAAGAGCGUUUCGCUUUCUGCUCCCGCCUGGGUGCCUGUCAGAGACGGCGUCGUGGUGCUGGAGGCCGACGAGGCUCGAGUUCGCGAGGCUUGGAGAGAAGAGCGCGAGAAGCGCGAAGAAGCUGCGGAGAAGCGGCGCCGGAAGAGAGAAGCGCGGGAACGAGAAGACACCCUGAAACAGUGGCGUGUCUUCUGCAGAGCGCUUCUCUUCUGGAAGAGCCGCGAGGCAGAGCAAAGACUCGACGGAGGCAGAGAAGACGGCGAACGCGUCUGAACAGAGAGGAGGGAGUCUGGCCGUCGGGAACCACCGAGAUCGACACUGGAGCGAAACGGAGCCAGAAAGGCCAGGGAGGCGCCACAGACGCAGAGUGCCGCACACGCUGCAGGACCUGCUGCGCCAACGGCCGAGGCAGGUUCUCCACCGUAGAGAACUUGGCGGAAAACAGGAAAGGAAAGAGGAGAUGGAAAAGAGAGACAGAUGCUCCUGACGGGGAACAGAAAAAGGAGGGGAAGGGGGGAGGAGGGGAAGGGGGGAGGAGGGGAAAGGGUGGAAUCAAGUUCGUUGCCUGGGGGAUUGUUACGUUCCGUACAGUUGUAGGCAAAAGGUAUGUUAGAGACUUAGACUAGCGUUGGAGCACAUUGUUUCAUUCGAUAGUCCACGCUCAAUCUUACCACACAUAAUCCUUUUGUGAUCCCAGACGGGUUUAAUAAGUAGUCCUUUGUAUACAGCGCUUUGAGAUCAGACUAAGGGCGAAAAGGGAAGUGUGUUUCAAAGAACAAGAGAAAGACAGGGUAUCGGUAAAGAAGUGGAUACGCUGAAGAAACGGCAGAAGGAUGGAGAGAGAGGCGAACGAGGAAUUGGAGGUGUGGGGAGAAAGGGACGCUGAAGAAGCGAGGCCAGAGAAAGAAAAAAGAAGGGGAUCAAGAAAGCAGGUGAAAGUGCUGAGAGAAAGCUUUUCAGAAAGACACGAAGGACACGGAGAUUCAGCUGAAAACACGGGGGGUUUGUCGUUUUUAUUCAAACACCUUUCCCGAGAUUCGCUGCUGUUAUUUCUCAUUUCUCGAAAAACGCUUUUAAAGGUUUUCCGUAGC